GCCAAACCCAUUCAUAAAAACAAAACUUAAAGGGCUUUUUCUCGAUUGUCCUAAACUAGAAUUCUCUCGUUGUCUCUGUGUUUUUUGUAUCAAUGGCGUUUAGAAAGACGCUGGCUCAGCGUCUUUUCAAUAUAACGAAGGUCUCAAAUCAGACCGUCGCGAAUUGCCGGGUUUCUUCCUCUUCGAUCCGGACCCGGGUCCCGCCCGAUCCGGACAAGCCCGCCAUUGGUUCGGAUCCCGGAGAUAAGGGCAUUUUCCGGAGGUUUCUUCACAAGGGUGCUGCUUUUCAGCCGGAGCUCCGGUCACCACCGAUCGGGGAGAACCUGCUGGAUAAGCUGAAAUCCAUGGGCAUUGCCCGGGACAGGAUCCGACUGGAUGGUCUGAGUCCGCCGCCGGCGAAUGUUUCGGUGGAGAGGCCGGUGGUGACGGUGGACCAUGCUAGGAAGUUACUGAGGGUGGCGCAGUUGGAAGCGGUGAAAACGAGGCUGAGAGAGAUCCAGCAAAGUUGGAUUUCUUAUCCGGACUUUGUUUGGGUCUGCAGUGAAGGGUGUUCGGAUCCGGAUCAGGGUCUCGGGCUCGCAAAGAUGCUUGAUGAGUCCGGAACUGUCAUCGUCUUGGGAAACAACGUGUUACUCAGGCCUGAACAGGUUGCCAAAGUCCUCCAAACUCUUAUUCCUAUGCCUGGAGGCGAUCCAAAUGACCCAAGACUAAAGGAGCUGGAAGAGAUGGAAAAGCAGAAGGCUGAAAUCAACAAAAAGGCUGACAUCUUGGUUCGCCGGGAACUCUGGGGUGGACUGGGGUUCCUGGUGUUGCAAACAGCAGGGUUCAUGAGGCUAACAUUUUGGGAGCUAUCAUGGGAUGUUAUGGAGCCAAUUUGCUUCUACCUUACUUCAAUGUACUGCAUGGCUGGAUAUACAUUCUUCCUCAGGACCUCCAGAGAGCCUUCUUUUGAAGGCUUCUAUCAAAGUCGGUUCCAAUCAAAGCAGAAGCGCCUCAUGAAAAUCAACAAUUUUGACAUUGCAAAGUAUGAUGCUCUCCAAAGAGCUUGUUAUCCCAAUUCAGUGUUUUCAGAACAGGCAGCAACUUCAACCGGUCCAAUUGAAAAAGUUCAUUUUGGUACCAUAAACCAUUAAUUCAACAGCCCCAAAACUUGGGAUAAUAUGGAAUUCAACUUCUAAACACCCCUGCAUUAUGUAACCCAAAAAAAUAGAUGCGGCUUUCUAUAACGUAUUGUUGAGUCUUUUUGUAGUUUUUUUUUUUAACCAACACCUAACAUCAUUCUGGUCCUUCUGGAUCAAAAUUACAAGUUAUAAAUGAAAUUUUGUUCUGACAUA